AUGUCUCGCUUCACAGUAUUCCAAUGCACCCCUCAACGGCACGCAGACUUUAAAUUCGUCAUCGCCGAUCAGCCUCAUUUGCUGAAAGCGGAUUCGAGUGUCCGGUCACAUGUUUCAAGGCGGGGCUGGAAAGCUUAUACCAAACCGGGAUACGCGAAGGUACGACGUAGACGGGACAAGGAACAGAAAAUCAUAUUCGAAUGUGUCAGCCAAGAUCCCAAUCAACUAUGUCUGCAGCUACCACCUGUUGAAAGGCAGCUCGGUGGUGGCCGGGUCGAUCCUUUCAGAACGUAUCCUGGUCCUUGGAAUCCGCAGGUCCCUGGUCUUGUGGACCACUAUCUCGUGCAUAUGGCAGUGGAUAUACCUGAGUUGGACCAACCCGGAAACAAAGGUCUUCUCCGUACAAGCUGGUUCCCCCUGGUACUCUCCGACGAGGCCCCCUUUCACACCAUCCUCUUACUCUCCGCUGCCAACAGGUCAUCGGUCUCCGGUACACCGAUUUCACCGAGCCAUAUCCUCCAACUAAGGCUAAAGGCCAUCUCUUCAAUCAAUGCACUGAUGGCAACACAUGAUGACACAAGCGACGCACUUAUUGGUGCCGUUGCAAAGAUGGCUAGCUUUGAGGCGAUGCAUGGAGGUGUCGAAUCAUAUCAAAUACACAUGCAGGGGCUGUAUGAUAUGAUUGAGCAAAGGAAGGGUCUGGAUUCACUUGGUCUGAAUGGAUUGUUGCGACGAAUCAUCAUCUGGAUCGAUAUCAACUCUUCCUUUCUUUUGCAGAUUCCCCGUUGGUAUCCAGAUGAAUACUUCUCAGACAGAGGGGGCUCGGCAGAACCAAACCCGGAAAGAUUCAUUGCACCAUAG